AUGGAAAAUUGGAAAAGAAUUUUUAUUAUUUUAUUUAUUAUAACAAUUUUAUUUAUUUCAUUAAAAUAUUGGCAAUCAGAAUUUUUAAAUGAAAAUUCUGUUCUUAAGGAGGAAAGCAAAAUUGAAGAAAAUUUAACUAAUUUAAAUAAAACAAAAUGUAAUAAAUGCCCAAAAUCAGAAAAUUUAAGAAUUAAAUUUUUUGAAGAAAAUUCGGAUAAAAAUAAAAAUUAUUGUGAAGGAGAAAAUAUGGCAUAUCCAUUAUUAUUAAACAAUAAGGAUUGUUGUGAAAUUAAAUGGGGAAAGAAGUUUAAUUGUGAUUUACUUGGAAUUUUGGAGAAAUAUAAAUUAACAGACAGAAGACACAGAAUAAUUGAAAAUAUUCCAGUAAGUAGUGCUGGGGUAUGGUUGGAGCCGGCUAAGUAGAAGUCUCUGCCCCUAAAUUGGAAUCGGAGCUGGAUAUUAAUUAUAAAAAUAUCGGCUUCAGAGAGAGAAACAAAACAUCGAAUCCCCAAGCACUUAA